GCAGCCGCGCCGUCCUAGGUUUUCCUUGCGGAUGUAGCCCUCGUGCCCCGGCGAGAGAGGCAGUUAGUGAUGCGGCCGAGGUCCGCGGCGGAGCGAUCUGCGCGACGACAAAGAGAUGAGAUGUUGUUAGCAGCAGGGAGAUCCCAUUACAGAGGACGCAUGUUGUAAUAUGGUCGAAACAAAAGCGUAAGAAGCGAUAGGCCUGCCGUCCAAAAAAUCGACACAUUUCCUAAAAUCCAGUCUGGUUAUUCGCAGUAACUUUUAGCGGAUACAUAGGCUACUCGCGUGGGAAAUGGAGAAGAAAAGGUGGGAUUGCACUGCUCUCCCCAAGGGCUGGAAAAUGGAAGAAGUGACCAGAAAGUCGGGUUUGUCCGCUGGAAAAAGCGAUGUCUAUUAUUUUAGUCCGUCUGGGAAGAAGUUUCGGAGCAAGCCUCAGCUGGCCCGUUACCUUGGUAACCAGAUGGACCUCAGCUCCUUUGACUUCCGCACGGGGAAGAUGCUGAUGAGCAAGCUGAACAAGAACCGUCAGAGACUGCGAUACGAUAACAACAACCAGAACAAGGGCAAACCCGACUUGAACACAUCACUCCCAGUCAGGCAAACGGCCUCAAUCUUUAAGCAGCCCGUUACCAAGGUUACCAACCAUCCCAACAACAAAGUGAAGACGGAUCCUCAGAAAGCCGUUGACCAGCCCAGACAGCUUUUUUGGGAGAAGAAACUCAGUGGUCUUAAUGCUUAUGACAUUGCAGAGGAGCUGGUGAAAACAAUGGAACUGCCUAAAGGCCUGCAAGGCGUUGGUCCAGGCUGCACAGACAAGACUCUCUUGUCGGCUAUUGCAAGCGCUCUCCACACCAGCGCCGCUCCUAUAACUGGCCAGCUGUCUGCAGCUGUGGAGAAGAACCCGGGUGUGUGGCUCAACACAGCGCAGCCACUGUGCAAGGCUUUUAUAGUCACUGAUGAGGACAUCAGGAAACAGGAGGAGCUGGUGUACAGUGUGAGGAAAAGGCUGGAGGAGGCACUGAUGGCUGAUAUGUUGGCCCAUGUGGAAGAGGCUGCCAGUGAAGGCGAGGCUCUGAAGGAGGAGGGCAACGGCAGUGAAGACAUGGAGAGUGUAUAGCACAGGGUUUUGUAAAGUCUGGAUAUUUUUGUCCAACGUCUGCGCACACACACAACAACCAAGAACAGUAGGAGCCCUACACCAGUCCGGCCCUGAAGAACAGCCCCCCCCCCCCCCAAGUAUCUGCGUCCACUUUAAACCUAAACCUGACUUACAACCUAAAGAACUGAUGAUCUCUAAUGCGUCCAUUCGUCAUUAACUCCACUGGAUGGGACUCGUUGACUUCAAUGCCCAUGAAAUGACUCAACGUUGAUUUAUGACUAGGACAUUUUUUAAAAUUCCCUUAACGAGAAAUGACAUGAAAUGAACUUGCAAAUAUAAAAAAUAACUUGUC